AUGUCUAAAGAAUCUAAAGAUAAACUAGAUAGUCCUUCUGCUUUAGAUUCAACUUUAGAGACAGAUAAAUCAAAAGUAGAUUUCGCUAAUAAAGAUGAUAAAAAAGAUUUGAAAUUCUAUCCUGAUAAUCCAGAAAGUACCUUAGCGAAAUACAGAUUCAUAACAAAGGAGACAUCUCAGUACUAUGAUCCCUGUCAAGAAUCCGCUCAGAUGAGUUUCAAUUGCCUGGAUCGAAAUAACUAUGAUAAAAGUAAAUGUAGAGCUUAUUUCGAUGCCUAUAGGGAAUGUAAGAAACAAUGGCUGAGAGCAAGAAGACAAGAUAGAUCCCAAUGGGAAUGA